UCCACCUUUUUUGGCCUCGACGGCGGCAACCCAGCCUCCCUCCUAACGCCCUCCGCCUUUGGGACCAACCAGGGGAGCUCAAGUUAGUAGCAGCCAAGGAGAGGCGCUGCCUUGCCAAGACUAAAGAGGGAGGGGAGAAGAGAGGAAAAAAGCAAGAAUCCCCCACCCCUCUCCCGGGCGGAGGGGGCGGGAAGAGCGCGUCCUGGCCAAGCCGAGUAGUGUCUUCCACUCGGUGCGUCUCUCUAGGAGCGGAGCGGGAAGGAUGCUGGUCCGCAGGGGCGCGCGCGCAGGGCCCAGGAUGCCGCGGGGCUGGACCGCGCUUUGCUUGCUGAGUUUGCUGCCCUCUGGGUUCAUGACUCUUAACAACAACAGUACUGCUACCGCAGAGUUACCUACCCAGGGAACAUUUUCAAAUGUUUCUACAAAUGUAUCGUACCAAGAAACUGCAAUACCUACUACCCUCGGAAGUACCAGCCUGCACCCUGUGUCUCAACAUGGCAAUGAGGCCACAACAAACAUCACAGAAACAACAGUCAAAUUCACAUCUACCUCUGUGAUAACCUCAGUUUAUGGAACCACAAACUCUUCUGUCCAGUCACAGACCUCUGUAAUCACCACAGUGUUCACCACCCCAGCCAACGUUUCAACUCCAGAGACAACCUUGAAGCCUAGCCUGUCACCUGGAGAUGUUUCAGACCUUUCAACCACUAGCACUAGCCUUGCAACAUCUCCCACUGAACCCUAUACAUCAUCUUCUCCUAUCCCAAGUGUCAUCAAGACAGAAAUCAAAUGUUCAGGCAUCAAAGAAGUGAAAUUGACUCAGGGCAUCUGCCUGGAGCAAAAUGAGACCUCCAGCUGUGCGGAGUUUAAGAAGGACAGGGGAGAGGGCCUGGCCCAAGUGCUGUGUGGGGAGGAGCAGGCUGAUGCUGAUGCUGGGGCCCAGGUAUGCUCCCUGCUCCUUGCCCAGUCUGAGGUGAGGCCUCAGUGUCUACUGCUGGUCUUGGCCAACAGAACAGAAAUUUCCAGCAAACUCCAACUUAUGAAAAAGCACCAAUCUGACCUGAGAAAGCUGGGGAUCCUAGGUUUCACUGAGCAAGAUGUUGCAAGCCACCAGAGCUAUUCCCAAAAGACCCUGAUUGCGCUGGUCACCUCGGGAACCCUGCUGGCUGUCUUGGGCAUCACUGGCUAUUUCCUGAUGAAUCGCCGCAGCUGGAGCCCUGCAGGAGAAAGGCUGGAGCUGGAACCCUGACCACUCUUCAGGAAGAAAGGAGUCUGCACAUGCAGCUGCACCCUCCCUCCUAUCCUCCCUCCCACCUCCUCCUCCCCCUCCUCCCACCCCGCCCCCACUUCCUGUUUGGGCCCCUCCCCCAUCCAGUGUCUCACAGCCCUGCUUACCAGAUAAUGCUACUUUAUUUAUACACUGUCUAGGGCGAAGACCCUUAUUACACGGAGAACGGUGGAGGCCAGGGCUAUAGCUCAGGACCUGGGACCUCCCCUGAGGCUCAGGGAAAGGCCAGUGUGAACCGAGGGGCUCAGGAAAACGGGACCGGCCAGGCCACCUCCAGAAACGGCCAUUCAGCAAGACAACACGUGGUGGCUGAUACCGAAUUGUGACUCGGCUAGGUGGGGCAAGGCUGGGCAGUGUCCGAGAGAGCACCCCUCUCUGCAUCUGACCACGUGCUGCCUCCAUGCUGGAGGUGACAUCUCUUACGACCAACCCUUCCCCACUGCACACACCUCAGAGGCUGUUCUUGGGGCCCUACACCUUGAGGACGGGCAGGUAAACUCCUGUCCUUUACACAUUCGGCUCCCUGGAGCCAAACUCUGGUCUUCUUUGGGUAAAUGUGUGAUGGGGGAAAGCCAAGGUCUGGAGAAGCUCCCAGGAACAAUCGAUGGCCUUGCAGCACUCACACAGGACCCCCUUCCCCUACCCCCUCCUCUCUGCCUCAAUACAGGAACCCCCAGGGGAAAGAUGAGCUUUUCUAGGCUACAAUUUUCUCCCAGGAAGCUUUGAUUUUUACUGUUUCUUCCCUGUAUUUUCUUCCUCUACUUUGAGGAAACCAAAGUAACCCUUUGCACCUGCUCUCUUGUAAUGAUAUAGCCAGAAAAACGUGUUGCCUUGAACCACUUCCCUUAUCGCUCCUCCAAGACACUGUGGACUUGGUCACCAGCUCCUCCCUUGUUCUCUAAGUUCCACUGAGCUCCAUGUGCCCGCUCUACCAUUUGCAGAGUCCUGCACAGUUUUCUGGCUGGAGCCUAGAACAGGCCUCCCAAGUUUUAGGACAAACAGCUCAGUUCUAGUCUCUCUGGGGCCACACAGAAUCUCUUUUUGGGCUCCUUUUUCUCCCUCUGGAUCAAAGUAGACAGGAUCAUGGGACCAGGUCUUGGAGCUGAGCCUCUCACCUGUACUAUUCUGAAAAAUCCUCUUCCUCUGAGGCUGGGUCCUAGCCUUAUCCUCUGAUCUCCAUGGCUUCCUCCUCCCUCCUGCUGACUCCUGGGUUGAGCUGUGGCCUCAGUCCCCCAGCAGAUGCUUUUCUGUCUCUGCCUCCCUCACCCUGAGCCCCUUCAUUGCUCUGCACCCCCAUGUGGUCAUAGCCCAGAUCAGCUCCUAACCCUUAUCACCAGCUGCCUCUUCUGUGGGUGACCCAGGUCCUUGUUUGCUGUUGAUUUCUUUCCAAAGGGGUUGAGCAGGGAACCUGGUUUCAAUGACGGUUGGAAAUAGAAAUUUCCAGAGAAGAGAGGAUUGGGUAGAUAUUUUUUCUGAAUACAAAGUGAUGUGUUUAAAUACUGCAAUUAAAGUGAUACUGAAACACA